UCGCAACUAAUUAGAGCCCGUAGAAAUAAAUGCAUAAAAACAAUCUUUUAGAUGACAACCAACUCGAAAUGCAACCAAAACUGGGCAUCAAAUCAAUAUCUUAAAAAGCUUUUGCCCAAGGUCAAAAGGAAGAAGGAACAACAUCAACAACAACAACAAGUGAACAACAAGAGCAACAAGACUCAAACGAGAACAAUAACUGGCAGAUAUCUGUCCCCAGCUGCCCAUUGGCUGCCCAACGAGAACAGCGAUGGGAUUGCGGACAAUGGCAAGGGUAGUCCAUAUGUGCUGCUAUCGGUGAGCGAUUCGGCCAAUGGUGGCAACGCCGCCGCCACCGCCAUCUGCAGCUGUAAGAAACGUCGUUCACCCACCUGCCACAAUGUGUUGCAUGAGCCGCGAUUACGUUUAGAUCCACCCAGCAUAGUGAUGGAUCCGCUGGUGCGUGGCAUACGCAUUAGCAUUUGUGUGGAGCAUACACGCUUUCCGCUGAUCGGCAAGGUGGCCAAGGGCAUUGGUCUAACCCAUGUGCCCGAGCAUCGGCUGUGGAACGUUCAGUGGUGCGACAAUACACCACAUUUUGAUCUGCUCAAGAGCAUGAAGCGUUUCCAGCAAAUCAAUCAUUUCCCCGGCAUGAGCGAAAUCUGUCGCAAGGAUCUGCUGUCGCGCAAUCUGAAUCGCAUGCUCAAAAUGUAUCCCGGUGAUUAUUGCAUCUUUCCCAAGACCUGGCUGCUGCCCACCGAUGCCUACGAUGUGGCUGUUUAUGCCAGCAGACACAAGCGCACCUUUAUUCUCAAGCCGUAUUCAUCGGGCCAGGGACGUGGCAUUUGGCUGACCAACAAUCUGCAGACUGUGGGCAGACAGGAGAAGCUCAUUUGUCAGACUUACAUCGAAAGGCCACUGCUCAUCGAUGGCUUCAAGUUUGAUUUGCGUGUUUAUACGUUGGUUACCUCGGUGGAUCCGUUGCGUAUCUUUGUCUACAAUGAGGGAUUGGCCCGGUUUGCAACCAACAAAUACAAGCCGCCGGCAUUGGGCAACAGUGAUAAUAUGUUUAUGCAUUUGACAAACUAUUGCGUGAAUCGACGCAAUUGCAAUUAUAAUGCUGGCUGUGGCAUUGCCGGUGGCUUCAAGCGUAAAUUGAGUGCCUACAAUCGGUGGCUGGUCGAGCACAAUUACAAUGUGGUCGAGUUUUGGGCAUCUGUCGAUGAUGCCAUUAUCAAAACGCUGAUUAGUGCAUGGCCCGUGCUGAGGCACAAUUAUCAGUUGUGCUUCCCCAAGCACAAUAAGAUUCAGGCAUGCUUUCAACUGUUGGGCUUUGAUAUCCUGGUCGAUUGGAAACUCAAGCCGUAUAUCCUGGAGGUGAAUCAUACGCCGAGUCUGAUGGGUGGCGAACGGGUGGAUUUGGAGGUGAAGCGACCACUGAUAAAGGACACCUUGAAUUUGAUAAGCACUCCGCUGGUGGAUAAGGAGGAGAUCAUAAGGGAGGAUCGUGCAUUGCUCAGGGAUCGUUUAAUGCAGCAGGCGAAUCGCAGACGUGUCGAAAUCCCCCCCAAAAUAGCCCCAUCGGAGCAACAGCGAGCCGCUGGUGGUGCUGAUGUUAGCCAGGCAUGCUCCCUCAGUGCUUUGGCACAGCAGAUUGCCUGGGAGGAGAGUCAUAUGGGCAACUAUCGACGCAUUAUGCCGCCGACAGAUGCCGCUCGUCACAAGUACUAUUUCAAGUUCUACAAUCAGUUCAAGCAGGUGUCCCCGUUCAAGGAAACGAAUCAUAGUCACUCGCGGAUCAAGGAUCGCGAACAGUUGAGGCAACAAACAUUGCAGGAGCAGCUCCAAGACAAACACGAGCAAUUGCAGCGGCGCAAAGAAAAGCAGCUGAUUGCGCGGCACAAACUACAGCAGCAGAGAUCGAAAGAGCGGGCGGUGGGCAUUUGGCAAAUGCUCAACAAACGCAAAUUCGAACUAACAAGCAUAAGACAGGACAGGAUAGGAGCAGUGGCAAAGGGGGCAACUGAGACGCCAACGCCAGCCAAAUCCACAACAAAUGAGGCUGCCAACAACGACAACAGCAACAACAACAAGUUGCAGCGUUUUAAGCGCAAACGCAGUCUGGUUUGUGUCAGUGCACGACGACAGCGUCAGCUGCAAUGCCAGCAGCGACGUACUCGCCUCCUGGAAUGGGAAUCUCGCCAGGAUGCCGAGUUUCUCGUCAAGCACAGCAUUGCGGCGAGCAGCUCAAAUGUUUUGUUGGCCAACGAAAAGAGCAACAACCAGCAGCAACCAAACAACAACCACAACAACAACGAUGAGGCCAAUAAAGAAAAGUUGGUUGCCAAAAAAAAGUUGAACAAGCAUUGGUUGCCCGACUCCAUCGAUGAGUCGGAUAAACAACUGGAAGCCGAAUGGCGGUCAGAAAGAACAACAGCUGUUAAUGGUAGGCAACUCCAGGAGCUGUUUUUCCAUGAAAUGUAUGAGCGCGGCAAUCUAACCAAAAAUGAUAUCAAUCUCUUCCCAACUCUUCUGUAUCGCAUACUAACGGCCAAAAUGAAUGAAGUCAAUGCCAGUUAAUACACAACAUAUAUUAAUUUAUCGAAAGUGUGAAGGAAAACUAUGCAAAGAAAACGAUUUUUUAAGUACAAAAUCUAUUGUGCAU